AUGGUGACUGCAACAUGGGUACCUGUUUCCUCCAGUACUUUGGUAAUAUCUCGUCUUCUUCCUAAACGAAGUGAUUUUCGCAAUGGUGGCCCAUAUCUUCUCCGCCUACCUUCGAGGGGAUUCGCACCUGCACGGGCCUGUUCCGUUGACUGUGAUAAGGAUCAACCGUCGUCUUCCAAAGAGAAUAACCCGGUGGCUGCUGUUCUGAGCAUCCCCCGCACAAUUUGGAGUCGAAUACUGAAUCCCCUGAGCGACUUUGGGUUUGGCCGAAGGAGCAUUUGGGAGGGCGGCGUGGGGCUGUUUAUUGCUUCUGGAACCGUCCUCAUGGCUCUUACUCUGGUUUGGUUGAGAGGUUUUCAAUUGAGAUCUCGAUUCAAGAAAUAUCAGGUGGUUUUCGAGUUUGCUCAGGCGUGUGGCAUCUGCUUGGGAACACCAGUGAGGAUAAGAGGGGUGACUGUAGGAACUGUUGUUCGUGUCCAUUCAUCUUUGAAAAGCGUGGAUGCAGUAGUUGAGGUUCGUACACAGUGGCUUUUUAAUUUCCUUUUUUUCUUUGCUGUUGAAACUAAUAGAACAAUUUUUCUAUCUAUAAAAUGUUGUUCGCUCGAAUUCAAGAAUAUCCAUCUCUGGUCCGGGAAAAUAGGCGAGGGGCAGAGGCUUAGGUUGGAAAAAGUUGUAAAUGCGUCGCUAUAUUAGAGUAAAUUGGAAGAAUUUCAGGUAAAGAGAAGUAUUCAAUUUAUUGAUCUGAUGCUCCCUCUUUCUUUUUUUAUUUUUUUUCAAAUAAUUAGGCUUUCAACCUUUAUAAAAAAAAAAAGAGAGUGGGGAAUCAAAUAAAAGGCUGCCUAUCAUGUAGGAUGGGCCCUUGCUGAUGAGAUGCACAAGCACAUGGUAAAACUAUAUGCACGCAUCAAAAAAAAAUUAUUACUUAAUGUAUAAAAUAACUGAAACAUUGGUACAAUCUUUGAAAUUCGUCUGAUCAAACCUUCUGAUCAUGUGGUAGUUUUAGUCAUUCAAGUUAAAAGUCUUGUUUUUAAGUCCAACAUUGCUGUAUGACAUAGGAGCACUGGAGAAACUAAUCGUAGAGUUUUAGUCGCCUCUGUAGUCCAAUUGCCAUGGCAGAAAUGGAGAGAUUUAGAUUGCGGUAAUUGGUUUCUUUUUCUUUCUGGCAAUGGAACCUGACUUCUAUCAUUUUGCCUUUACAGGUAGAAGAUGAAAAGGUUAUUAUUCCUCGAAAUUCGUUGGUCGAGGUGAACCAGUCUGGACUUCUUAUGGAGACUAUGAUCGAUAUUACUCCCCGAGAUCCACUUCCAGGACCGUCAGCUGGUCCUCUCGAUGAAGACUGUCAUAACGAAGGCCUGAUUGUUUGCGACAGGGAAAAGAUCAGGGGAAAGCAGGGGGUAAGCUUAGAUGAGUUAGUGGGGAUAUUCACCCGUCUGGGAAGGGAUAUGGAAGAAAUAGGUGUCGCCAGAAGCUAUGCAUUGGCUGAAAAAGUUGCAUCAAUUGCACUGGAAGCACAGCCCCUCAUCUCAAAGGUAUGAACAUCUUUUAUUCUCUCUUUAUCGUAUCUUUUUUGUGCCAUCGUCUACACUAAUAGGGAAAAUAUCUGGAUUUCUUUUUCACUUACAUGUCAUUUUGGCCAUGCAUCUUGGCCGAAUUCGCGAGUAUCAUCAAUGCUGAUCUAUCCAUCUACUAUAUAUAUAUAUAUAUAUAUAUAUAUAUAUAUAAAUAUCACAGUGGCCACGCCCUUCGCAAUUUCUAUAUUCUCUGGCUUUAGCUGACAUUCUCCUUACCUUGAUGCCUGCGCAUGAUACAUAAUAUGUGAGAAGUGGGUGGCGCAUUUAUCUUUCAUUCACACGAGUGUCUUUGGUGGUCUACCUCCCACAUGUAGCAUGUGAUGUAACGUCUUGCUUAAUUGCAAGAGGAAAAUGAGUCAACGUGAUCACUUUGUGAUCCAUGAGAUGUGAGGCGCAUUUUUAAAUGGAUGUGUGUUGAGAUGAAGGCAAUUGGGACAAGCAAGAAGGCUUCUACUCAUGCUGGGGGAACUCUUUGAAGGGAGGAAUCCUGAUGGUCCAUUGACUUGACAUACGAAAAAUAAACCCAAGGAAAUCAGUUUAGGCCUGACCUUUUGAAAUGACCAGGGGUUUCUCUGUGAUGAGGAGAUAAGUGCUGCCUUAUAUCUCGUAAGAAUGAGGAUCAGAGAGAAAAGAUGGGAUGCUCACCUUCACUGAUGGUCACUGACGAUUUCUUCCACUCCUCACCAGCAGCUUUUGACUCUUUGGCAGGUGCUCCUGUCCGUUGCUUUCUCUUUCAACUCCAUUCUUACGCUCGACUGUAUUUAUGUGUAUACAUAUAAUAAUGAAAAGCAGAAGAUGAUGUGUGAUCCAAAACCCUUUUUCUUUUUCUUAUGACAAAAGGCAAUCAGAAAAUUCAUGGAUUAAUGGCUUGCGGCUUCAGUGGACCAGGGUCUUGGCCUAGUAGCCUGGGUCCGGCUAAAAGUCGAUGAAUAGUCUCUGGGCUGGACAGACAUGGACUUCUAUCAUUGGCCUGACCAAACCACCCACAUUGGCCUGAUUCUAUCAUUUUGCCCUCGUUUUGUCCAGAGUGGCCACCCAAUCCCGUCGACUUGUUUCCCCAAUUUCUGAUACUAAACUAGUCCAAUUUUUUUUCUCUGGUUAAAAAACCAUCUUAGAACCCAAUCAGGAGAUGAGUUUCCUUACCCACAACCUCAUAAAUAAAUAAUUAAAUAAGCUUUAAAGAAGGAUGCGAGUUCUCUGAGCUUAUUCUCUCGAAACAUGGUUUUAUAAUCCGUAUGUUCUUAUGCAGCAAUUGAACAUCAUCGAUAUUAAUGUUUCUGAUGUAGUGGGGUAACAGAUUGAAGCCAUGCUCGAAGAUGUACAGCCCAUGCUUUCCGAGGUUCGCAGCAGUGAGCUCCUGAAGGACGUUCAGAGCUUGACCAGAACGCUUGCCGAUGCUACUCAAAAUCUGAGGUAAGAACAGGGCCAUCUCGCUCAAAAAAUCUUCAUAAAAUAACGAAGAACACGAAGAGAAAGGAGAAUCGAUCUACAUUCAUUUUUCUCUUCCUGUCUCCUGUAGAACGGCGCGCUCGUCCAUGAUAACACCGGAAAACACUGAUCUUCUCAGAGAGUCCAUCUCCACGCUAGCGGAGACCCUGAAGAACAUUGAGGUGUGGUGCUUCUUCUCUCAGGGUUACCCUCUGAUACCGAGUGCUUGGUUCAUCUGUUUGCCCUAAAUUCUCCCGAAUCGCAGGGAAUUACCUCCGAUAUCUCUGCUUUCACCGGCGAUGAGGUUACCAGGAAGAACUUGAAGCUGCUCAUCAAGUCCCUCAGCAGACUCAUAUAG